UUCAUUCGGGAUACUGCUGUUCGCAGUGAACGCCACUUUCUCCCACCCUGCCUUCUUCGGAUGGACUUUAAUUUCAGUCUCCCUCUUUCAGAAACAGCGGGGUGGACUGAACCGAUUCACAACCAAGACAUUUCUUUUGGAUGACUCGCUCUGCUAUUCCUAGGAUCAGCACUGCAAUCUGGAUCUAAAUCCUGAAGAGCAAUAUUCAUUUAGAAAAGAAGACCGAGAGAGAGAGUGGGAGCCUUGACAUUCUGACCGAUGUCUGUCACCCCAGAAUAAAAUAAACUUGGGAUUGUAUGAAGGAAAGUGUUAGUGUCUUUGGUCCAACUGUAAGGAGAGAACUUCACCAUGAACACAGAUAGCGGAGGACGUGCUCGCAAAAGCACUUCGCUGUCUCUUACUCUCUCCUCCAUCAAGAGGGUCCAGAGCACUCCUAACCUGCACUCGGCUGCAGGAAGUGACUCUCACUCAUCAGAUUCAGAUGCAUGGCGGUCCCGCAGUGUCACAGACGGUUUGAGAAAUGGGGACGCCUGCAGCUCCUCUCUGGCUGUGAAAGGUUUCCGCAGUGUCAGACCCAACCUGCAGGACAAGAAGUCUCCGACACCGCCUUUCGGGUCCCCGUCACGGGCACGCACCGCCUCCCCUGGAGGACCCCUCUCCCCAGAGGCCGGCUCACGCCGCUCCCCGUACAGCCGAGCCAGCCAGAGCUCCCCGGACUUCCUGUCCUCUGCCCUUUCCCCGACCCCCUACACCCCUCUGGAGCGGAGCACGGUGGUGGGGGGAGGAGGAGGAGGAGGAGGAGGAGGGGGCAGGGGUGGCGGCGGGAGUGAUUCGCCGGUCACCGUCUCGGCGCUGAGCCACUACUCGUCGUCGACGGCCGUGCUGGAGGAGCUGCAGAUCUGCGGGCUGGACUCCUCCCCCGGGGGCUCGGCCACGCCUUCGCCCACGCUCAGCCACGCCUCUGUCACCCUCGACGAUGGCUCGCCAUUAACAGCCAUGAUGGCCUCUGCUGUUGCAAGCGCCGCUGCCAACGUCGCCACUAACGGUCAAAUGGCCAUGAAUGGGAGUUCUGCCCAUGCAAGCAGCCCACCGAGUGUCCCCCAAAGGCCCUUUUCUCCUCCAGCAUACCCCCCUCCUCCCCCCACACUAAGCCCAGGAGUGAUGCGGGUUCAGCAGAGUCGCAGCUCAGAGUUGUCUGAGUCCGUAAUGCGGGAGUCAGUGGUGACUGGUCAGACCACCGUCAGCAGCAGCACAGUGCCCAUCGCUCGCUUCUCUGAGGAGGAGAAGAAGGUGUCCGUCGUCAAAGCGCCACACUACGAGGGCAUCGGCCCCGUGGAUGAGUCGGGCAUCCCCAUCGCCAUCCGAACGACAGUGGACCGGCCAAAGGACUGGUACAAGACCAUGUUCAAGCAGAUUCACAUGGUUCAUAAACCAGAUGAUGACUAUCCAGACUCAUACAGCGCCACCUACGCCUUUGUCAACAGCGACAACUACAACCCGGUCCAUGCUCAUCCCCCGCCUCGCACACACACAUACCGCCCGCUGGCGAAGCCCGUUGCCGUGGACAACGGUGGCCCCCCUCUCAGGGAGCCGUCCCCUGCCCCCGUCCCGCCCCUGCCGCCCCCCAUGCCCUCGCUGCUGCAGCUCCGCUCGCGGGACUACGACCGGGAGCGCGACGUGCUGCAUGACGCGAAUGAGUACAGUCCUGCGGACAGGAAGGUGGACACCAGAAAGUACCGCGCCGAGCCGCGGAGCAUCUUUGAGUACGAGCCGGGGAAGUCCUCCAUCCUGGAACAAGAGAGGCCGACAUAUGGUUUAAACCCCGAUGACAUAGAUUUAGAGAACGAGCCUUGGUAUAAGUUCUUUUCCGAACUGGAGUUCGGUCGGCCGCCUCCUAAAAAACGGCUGGAUUAUAAUCCAGACAGCUCCACCUCUCGCACCUUCACUGAGAGCUCGCUCUACAUCACGCACGCGGACCGGGCGCCCGACAGGCCGUCAAGUGCCGCCAGUGACUACAGGAAGAGGAGGAAGUCCGAGCCCACGGUGAGUCAGCAGAACGCCACGGCGGACCAGAAUGCCUUGCAGGCCUUGCCUCAGGCCCACCAGCCCAGCAGAGCCAGCACACUGAAGAAGCCCACCGCACGCUCAUCCCCCUCAUCACCGUCCAGAGCCAAAGAUCAGACAUCUGACACUGGCCACCAGACCCCCCAGCACAGAAGGCCCUCCCCCAACAGAGAGGUCUCCCAUAAGCAGAUGACAUAUCUCAUAUUGUCUUCUCUCCUCCAUCAGAAACAGCCUGCCAGAGCUAUUUAUGAUUUUAAGGCACAAUCGGCCAAGGAGUUGUCCUUUAAGAAGGGUGAUGCCGUAAACAUCAUCAGACAGAUUGACGGUAACUGGUUUGAGGGGGAGCAUCGCGGACGCGUGGGGAUCCUCCCCAUCUCCUAUGUGGAGAAGGUGCCUGCAGUGGAAAGGCAGCCCCAGCCGGUGCGCCCCCCUCCGCCCCCUCAGGUGAGAGAGAUGGGUGAGGCAGUGGCUCGCUACAACUUCAAUUCUGACACUAAUGUGGAGCUGUCACUCAGAAAGGGAGAGCGCAUAAUCCUGCUCAGGCAGGUGGACCCUAACUGGUACGAGGGGAAGAGCCCAGCCACAGGCAAACAGGGCAUCUUCCCCAUGUCCUAUGUGGACAUUGUCAAGAGGUCCCCCUCCAAGAGUCCCACUCACCGCACAGAGCCCCCCACCUCCAGGAGCCACAAGAGGAUCACACAGGACUCCCACCAUGGGCCUGGAGACCAGUUCCAAGCUCUGUACAACUACAUGCCGCGGAAUGAGGACGAGCUGGAGCUGAAGGAGGGAGACGUAGUGGACGUCCUGGAGAAGUGUGACGAUGGCUGGUUUGUGGGGACCUCCCGAAGAAGCAAGCUCUUUGGCACCUUCCCAGGAAACUAUGUGAAGCAGCUCUGAUGCUGUUUCUGACCUUCUCUGUCUGUCCAGCACAAACCUCACUACUCACUGUCUGCAUGAGGUCAUGCAGCAUUCACACCUGUGUGUGUCUGUGUCUGUGUGUGUGUGUGUGUGACUGUGUGUUUGUGUAUGUGUGUGUCUGUGUCUGUGUGUGUGUGUGUGUGACUGUGCGAGCAAACCUCUGUGCUUGUGUGUAUCGGCACUGUCCACUCAAAUGACCUUUAGCACCAACUAGCCAUGUUUAUGAGAGACAUUUUCACAGACAAUGAUUGAUUGGGGGUUCUUUUACACGCACAGAGCUUUUGUAUCCCUCCAUCCCACAAUCCCCAUCUCACCUAGGAUGGCUGCAUACCUCUCACCCCCUGGCCAAUGCACACACAGUAGUCAACCCAUUUUUCUGAGGCUAGGACGUGUGUGUAUGUCCUCUGAUAUGCAAUACAAGCUAAACAGAGUGCUCCACUGGGAUUGCUUUAACAGCUCAGUAAAGCUCACGGCAGUUUGAGCCACCCCACUCAAAGGAGGGGGAUCGUCACCCUUGUCAUCAGUGAACAGUCAUCCUUUCAGGAGUCCAUAGCCCACCACUGCCUACUCUCCCCCAGUCUGAAGCUGUCUUCUGUUUGAGGACAGAAUGGUUGGAUGAAUGAGGAGGUGACAUGCGGGAGACACUGGAGUGGCAAUUGCAGCAGUAUUUGGACAUGGCCCAGAGAAGGACAUUCAGUGGGUCACACACUAAAGGAUUAUUCAAAGCAGGAUCGGGGCUUUUCACCUAGACCCAACACAACAUUGAAGUCCUCGCAACAAUUCCCCUCAAAGGAUUAUGCAGGUAUACCUGAAAGCAAUGGUGUUAGUUUGAGCAUAUAUAUAUGUUUUAAUAUUUGGUUGUGUACAAUAGUAUUUAUAGACACUUAGGUAGAAUGUGAACUAUGAAUUUUUUUCCCCAGUUAAGAUCUAUUUCACAUUUCAUACAAUAGAUCUAUAUAUACAGCUCUGAACCAUCAUUGUAUUCUAGACAGUCACUUUAUGAAAUACACUUGUAGUGGCAAUCAAUGAUAUAUUCUUUAUUAUUUCUAACACUUUACUUGUAUAAUGAAGUGCAUUUGAACUUCCAAGUAAAGUGGAUUUCUAGAUUUUGAAUUCCAGCAUUUUUCUGUGAUUUGUUUUGUCCUGAAUUGGUUGAACUGUCUCUGAUUGUAUAUUAUGAAGGAUUGGAAAAGUCGGAUGGUCCUUUUGAAUCAGAUGAUGGGGAUAUUUAGAAAUGCAAGGAGAGUUACGCAUGGGGGUAAAGAGAGAGUAAGAGGAGGAGUAACAUGAAGUAGAAGCAUUGAACAGAUACACCCCACCUUACUCUCCAUGUUACAUGAGUUACACCAGAGAAAUGGGUGAAACAAAGUGGGAUCCUGUCAUUUCCCUCAUCUCUCUCUCUCUCUAACUUUCACUCUCACUCUCUCUCUCUCUCUCUCUCUCUCUCUCCUCUGCCUCUCUCUCUCUCUCUCUCUCUCAAUGUCCUUUCUCUUUAUCCGCACUGAUGUGGCCUACAGUUUGUACCAUUGUUUUUACCAUUGUCUGAUUCAAUGCUAAUGUUUUUUUUUUCUGAUUUAUUUCUUACUAAAUCAGUGCAGGAGUCCUCAUCUUUUACAGCCACUGUAUUCUGUAUUGCAUAUGUUUAUUCAGGCAUCACCUUGUAACGCUAAAGAAUUAGUUGAAUACAUUUGUAUUGAUGCAUUUAAUCGAUGUAGACUUCAGGGCUUGUUAUUUGCCAUUUUAAUCAGUUGUUGCGCUUGCUGGAGUACACAACUAGAAGUGAAGCUCUGAUAUGCGUUGCCAAUUCUCUGCAGGCGUGCCGCUUAUGUUGAAUAGCCCAAGGGGACUGCUGGCACUGAGGCAGACCCGGCAGACCUGGGCCGGAUGUGAGCGCAGUCUGGGCCAGUGCCGGCAGCUAUCUAGGCAGCCUUUGGUAUUCUUUCACCUCUGCUAAAUAAUGAAAUAGUGUGUAUGUGUGUGUGUGUGUGUGUGUUUUGUGUGCACUGAGUGAUGCAGACAACUGCAAAAAUUAUUGUUUUCCAAAAGCACCUUAAACCACACAUUAGUUUACUUUUACAAUGUAUUGGUUUUCUUUCAUCCUCUUUUUCUUUUCUCCAUUGCUCCAUCCUCUUGUGCCCCCCUUCACUGAACUCACUGUAAUGUCUGCAGUGUUUUGUAUGUCUUUUUGUAUGGAACUGUAAAUCAAAGAGAUUCACUCACUUUAUAAAGUGGUUUCUUUCUCACCCA